CACCAGUGAGCUACUUGCUUCUGAAGACUUACGAAACUUAAACAGAAACUCGCAUUUCUUGUGGAAAAUUGUGUUUUAUAGUUUUACCUACUUUUAACGUGAUUGCGGUUUGCGAUUAUAACAAAAUGAAUUCUUUACUGGUUAACGACGCCGCGGAAUACAACGCCGCCACGAACAGAAUUAAUUCAGCUUUGCAGACUUUACGAGACGAAAUGAAAUCUCUACGUCACCAAGACGUCACAUUGAUGCAACAAUUUAUCACAAUGAAUGACGCCAUCAAGAGCAUCAGCAAAGAGCAGAAGACCGAGAAGACACGCAAAAAGCGCAUGCGCAACCGGACGCUCGUUUUGAACAGCGCCUCAAUAACCCAGACGACGCCAUCUUGGCAGAGCCCUCUCGUGAGGCAACAGAGCGUACCCAGAUAUUGUGACGUCAUACCGGAAGAGCGAACUAGAACAUGGUCAUGCUCCAGCGAUGAAUUGUCAGAAGAAUGCUUAACGGAAGAGUCUCAGAGCGACAGCAUGACGUCAUCAGAUGGUGAUGACGUUAGUUCCGAUGAGGAAAGACUGACGUCAGCAUUUCCUGUAUUCCAGUCAACCUUGACACCCAGGCUGCGCUCAAAGUCUAUGAAGACACGUGUUUCCGCUACGCAAGACGUUACCAGUGUAGAAACCAUUUUGAACAAGAAUGUCAAGCUGUGGAAAGGGAGGAUAGACAAGGAUGAAAAUGACUCUGUAUUUGUUGAGAGUUGUUUGGAGGGAGAGGAGAAUUUGUGAUCAUUUUGCAUCAUUUCCGACAAGCAGGAGUAUUCUCCUGCGAGUUAAGCCGUACCGGUUCUGACUGUUAUCGUUGCUUAGGCCACUGAUAUUUCGUUGUUUGUUUCAUUGAUUCCGAGGCUUUCAAACAGAAAAAACUGGUAGUAAAAAUUCCAAUCGUUCUUUCUAAUCCUUUUCUCUUGCAUUCGGCAUGUCACAUCACGUCAUAAGUGAACAAGAUGUGUAUCUGACUAUAAAAGUUCAAGUUAAUGGCAUUUUCAAAUUAUGAAUAAAACGUUUAUGAAUUGUACACCAUUCUAGGAAUAUUAUUCAUGGUUUUACUAGAAGAUUUCGUCCAAUCUCAUUUUUUAAUUCUUUUUUAUUCCAUCCUCCGAUAACCGACAUUCCUUUGGAACAGAUCGGUGAAACCAAAAUACAAAAGCGCAGUGGUCUUAGCCGUAAAACGUCUUAAAAUGUCUUAUACUGACAAGAGAGCGUUUAAUGACUUGAGCUUGAUUGAAAUAAAUCCCUUCUUAGAUCGUAUUUAAGGUUCUUACAGACGGGGUUUAUUUCACAGAAUCACAGACAUGCAUUUCAACUCAGACGGGUGAACUUCGGGUUAAUUUCCUUGUCUCAGAAUUUUCAUUUUCUGGAUGUUAAACUAACGAAUGUCUUUCAAUGUUGUUUUUGUUGUGAUUUUAUUCGGUAUAGAUAUCGCUUAUUAUUCUUCCAAAUAAAAUAAUGAAAAGAAUAUUAUUAAGAACCACCGCAAUUAAUUGUUUUUAUUUUUGUUAAUAAGCUAUGAAUCUUGGAUAAGCUAUGGAUAUAUUUUAUUUGUUAUAUGUCACUUGUUGUUGAAUGAAUUUGUAAUUAAAUGAAUUCUCUUAGUUAAUGUAAAUCUUAUGUGAUACUUGUCAUCAAACGCCGUAUACCCGGCAAAUAUGUACUUAGGCUUUUUUCAAUCAAUAUCUGAAUUUGCAUAAAGAGUCAUUUCACGAAAUUAUAUUGUAGAAUUUACAUUUUUGAAAUUUAUUUGUGUAGAUCUUCCUCAUAAGUUGGAUUCGAUUCACUUUACUUGACAGUACGGUUUACAUAAAAUCUCAGAUUAUUUGUUUCAAGUAUGCAAGGAAGAUAAAAAAAUGUUCAUGUUUUGUUUACAUGUUUAUUUAAAAUAUAUUCAUUUCAAAACAAUGAUUUAUCUCAAAGCUUUUAAACAUCUCUUGUCGUCUAAAAUCAAACCAUGUAUUCAAAAAGUGUGUAUUCCAACAAGCCACUUGUUAUAUACAAUCAAUCUAUAUAGCAGUUGAUAACAAGUUUGAUAGUUUGAUAGGAAAGAUGUUAUCAGAGCUCUUUGAUUGACAAUAAGGUGCCAGUACAAGAGUUGGCCGACUUUGGCCAUACAAUGUCCAGACAUUUGGAAUAGGUUCAAGUUUACAAUCAGACAAAGAAAUGCAACAUUUUAGACAGACACAUUCAUAAAGGUUAUUACAAUAGCGAAUGGUUUCUGUUAACGAAAUUGCCAUUUAUUUCUCUCCUUAUGUGAAAUUAGUUGUUUUACUUAUAGUCAUAUUUGCGAAUAUCUGAGAAAAUUGAUAGUAAAGACUUUUAGGAUUUGGCCAUUUCCCUGACAGAUAUACGAUAGACACGGAGUUUGCUGAGAGUCACUUCGGACAUUUCCGGUAUUUUCGUAAGCUUAUUCGGGAUGAUGAAUAGUUUUCCACCGGAAAUUUUAAGAUAGUUGGAAUGUAAAAAUACGUUUGGUAAUAUUAUUAAGGACCUUGUAUCGGCAUUCUAGUUGUUUUCAUCAUCUAUACAUUUACCUCGUACUUCUGUCAUGUUUGUUCAUCGCUAACUCAAUCUUAUCAUUUCGUGAAUGACGAUAGGAGCCAUAGGAUAACAUCUUCUUGUCAUAUGUUAUCGACUGCUUGUUUUGUUUAAACUUUGUCCUCUUAAAACCAGACAUCACUAGCAGAAAUACAGACAGCCUUAUUUGUUUGUUUAUUUUGUGUUUGAAUUAUAUUAUUGUUUUUUGUUAAGUGCUUUAUUAUUAAAGAUCCUAUUGACGUCGUGAGAAAAUAUUUCCGUGUUGAAUAAGCACUAUUGUAAAGCUGUUUCACUGUAUUUGUCUUUUGACAAUCUCCGUUGUCAAUCGGAACUUGUCGGCAAUAUCCGGCAAUUUCCGGAAAUGUUGGUGUUCCGAUUGCUUAUUAUGGAGUGCAGAAACGCCCAAGUCAUUUACCACGAGAUUGAAAAUGAAUUGAAACAAAUUGUUAUUCCAUUUGUCACAAUGUUAUAUUUGGGGUUUAGGCAAAUACUUCACAUUCCAAUCUCGGUGGGAAAAGAUUUUCACGCUGUCUGUAUUUCUGUUUCUGAAGAACUGCAGUUUCAUUGAAAAUUUAUUAGUUAAAUUUAUUUUGUUAGAAAAUGUUAUGUUUUAACGAAUAAAAAUCAAUCGAAAUGAAAGAA